AUGUUGUCCUCGCUUCUUCGACCCAAGAAAGCACGUCGACGCGUUGAAGAGUCGCCGCUCUUCUCUUCUCCGUACGCUGGACAUGCCGCUGCAGAUUUUACCGAAGACGAUGAGGAGGACGAACAUACAGAGGAGGAGGAUAAUGAUGAGGAUGAUCAUGGAGACGAGGAAGAGGAGGGAAUGAGUGAGGGAGAAGAAGGCGAGGAUGGAGAUUCGCAUUCGCCUCUUCUGCCAAUCUUCUCCGCUGCGCAUCUAGAUGCUCUGCCAGUGUACAAUCUCACGCAUGCCAUUCGAAUCAUCAUCGUCCCCAGAACCGAAACCACAUUGACAUGGGACCAGCUUCGAUCCCCCCAAGUCUCCCAAUUCCUCGUCAAGCCGAUGCAGCAACAGAUACGAACAUCCCACUUCUCUCGAGCGACCCUAUAUGCGUUGAUGGCGAACUGUCUACAGUUCCAGAAGGAGAGUCAGGCAAAUCCAGGAAAUGCGGGCACCAGUCGAACAAGAGCGAUGGUGUGCGAGCUGAUCGCAAUCAAGUUGCUCAAGGAAUACAAUACUCGAGAGUUGAUCGAUGCGCUAUCAUACGACUUCUUCCCGCUACAAGGACUGGCUACACCUGUUUCAAUCACAUCAGGACCAAAUGGAGGGCCAAAGCCGAGACCUGCUGCGGCUAGGAUCUCGACUUUGGAGGUAGCUAUCAGAGCAUCUGCAAAACGGUUUCUGGCACAUCCUCUUGUGGUCCAGCAGUUGGAGGCUAUAUGGGCAGGGACUAUUGUUUUCCAUUCAGCCGCAGACAAUCUUCAUCGAACACAGCCUGCAACACCAGUGCCGGAUCUGAGACGGGGGGCAGAUGGGAAUACACCGCUGAUCAAGGUAUCAGACCAGCAGGGUGGAUAUGGAUCAAUGCAUUCGCCGAAAUCUCCAAACAAGGCAAUGCUGCAGCAUCAAGAGCAGGCUGUACAAUCUAGGAGGACCGUUACUCUCUACGACCCAAGAGAUGCUUCACUGUUCAAGCUAUCGAGACUAAGAGUUCCUCGAUACCGCCAAUUCUUCUCCACCUGCUCCUUAUUCAUCCUACUCUGUCUCUUCGUAGCGGUCCUAGCCCAACGAUCCAUGGAAAUUACCACCCUAGAAGUCGUCUUCUGGUUCUGGAGUGCAGGAUUCAUGCUCGACGAGGUCGUAGGAUUCAACGAACAAGGAUUCGGUCUCUACAUCAUGAGUUUCUGGAAUGCCUUUGAUCUGGGCAUUCUUUUCCUGCUCUCAGUAUACUACUGCAUGCGUCUGUAUGGAGUGCUUCUAGUCGGCGUUGGACGACAUCAGUGGAAUAGCAUGGCGUACGAUGUCCUGGCUACGAAUGCUAUCCUGCUCUUCCCUCGGCUGUUCAGCGUCCUGGAUCAUUACAGAUACUUCUCACAGCUGUUGAUUGCAUUCCGGCUUAUGGCGGUCGAUCUCGUUGCAGUGUUCGUCCUGAUUCUCAUCGCUUGCAGUGGCUUCUUCGUUGCUUUCACGCUGUCCUUUGGUGAAGAUGAGUAUGAUGCUGCUGGUGUAGCGUACAAGAUAUUCCAGAUCUUGAUGGGCUUUACUCCUGCUGCUUGGGAAGCCUGGCCGACAUACAACCCGCUGGGAAAGGCACUUUUGGUUCUCUUCCUCUUCAUCUGUCACUUCUUGGUUGUUACAAUUCUGAUCACAGUUCUUACCAACUCGUUCAUGGCAAUUGUUUCGAAUGCUGACCAGGAGCAUCAAUUUGUCUUUGCUGUCAACACGAUUAGCAUGGUCAAGAACGAUGCCCUGUUCUCUUACGUCGCUCCAAGUAAUAUCUUUGCAUGGCUUCUAACACCUCUGCGAUUCAUCAUUCCGUUCCGAUCAUUCAUCAAAGCCAACAGAACUGUCAUCAAAGCCACCCAUUUCCCACUUCUCUUCGCCAUCUAUGCCUACGAAAGAGUGUUUCUGGCUCGCUCUGUCUUCGAACCCAUGGAUCUCGUCGAAAACACAAGCCACGGUGGAAAGAGACUUGUUUCCUUCCAAGAUGCCAAAAUGGCGUUGUUCAGUCCCAGUGUCCGACUUCGGCAGGCUUCCGUGGCUGGUGGGUAUCAGAAUGACAAUGCUCUCGAUGAGGUCUUCAGACUUGCUCCUCGACCAGAGACCUUACGAGCUGAGCGUAAGCACUUCGAAGAGCGACAGACGCAUAGUGUUGUCAACAACUGGAUGGCGGAAGGCGUUGAUGCAAGUCCGCCUCAAGAGCAGGAUCGCUCGAUUGUGGACAGACUUGAGAUGAGACGGAAAGCAAGAAAGGCAACUCCUCUAAGACAGCGUGGUAUUUCCGGAACCAGAUCAGUCGCUAGCGACCCGGCAGAAUUCAUGUCCAGAGCCGGAUUUCAUGAUUAUGGUACUGACACCAGAAAUGAUGAUGCUCAAGAAACUGAAGACGAUGGGGAUGAUGAGUUGAAUACUCAUGAUGGUGAAGAGCUAGAGAAACAGACAACACGAUCCAGGAGCCAUGGUGCGACGUCAUACAAGCCAAACGAGAAUGAAGAUUAUUUCACUUCGGAUAUUCCAAAUCGCAUGACCGCACCGGCAUUCUCCUCAUCCGCUGCUUCCUCUCGGAAACACCUGGCCCCACCCAGAACAUCUCCACCUCAACAACGCCGUUCUCACGAUCGAACAAUGUCAACAGGGACAAUUCUCUUCAAUCCCAUCGAAGGCAGUCAAUCCUCCGCCUCACCACCCAAAUCUCGACCCCUGACAGCAAAGUACCGCUCCACAACCAACACAGGCACACAUACUCCCACUGCUCUCAGCGGCCAUCAAACCCCCAAGCCAUUCCACAGCGGCCUCCCCAAGACUAAACCCCGCCCCAUCCUACCCGGCCGACAAAACUUCCAAUCCGUCCCCAACUUCAACUUCAACCUCGACUCUCAACUCACCGGCCCCGGUCCUACAACGCAAACCCGAACCCGACAAAUCCGCCACCGUCGCUCCAGUCUCGACAUGGGCAUGUCAGACAUGGGUCUCGACCACAACGCUCCCGGGAAUCUCGGCGCAGUUCCCAGCUCUUUCGCUACACAAAUGGCGAUGGCGACUGGGGGGUUGAAAGCCUUUCAGGGGAGUAGGAGUAAGGAGGCCGAGACGGAGAGGAUGAUGGGGAGGUUGAUGCUGGCGAGGAUGAAGACUCUGGAGGAGGGGUUUGCGGAGGUGGUUAGGGAGUUUAGGGGGAUGAGGACCGCGGGGAAUAGUUCUGUUGAGGGGGAGGGGGGGAGUGUGGGUUUGGGUGGGGGUAUGGCUGAUUAUGGUGGGAGGAGGGAGAAGGGGAAGGGGAAGGGGAGGGAGAGAGAAAAAGAGACUCUCAGGCAGACACAGCCGGAAAAACAGAGGAAGCGAAAGGGUCUCCUGCCCAGAUCGACUAGCGAGACGGAUUUUGCUACUAUGGAUAAAGAUCGGGGGAGGGGUAGGAGUGGAGAGAGGGGGGAAUUACCGCCGCAUGGUAUUAGUGGAGGUGGAGUUGGAGGUGUUGGAGGGGAGAAUCAGCAUAGACAGACGCAUACACCGGAGAAUGAGAUUCUGAGGAGGUAUGUCUCGAAGGGGAGUUCGUUGUAGAAUGGUUUGUUUGGUUGGGAGGGUGGUUGAGUGAUUGGGUGUGGUGUGGUGUGUUGUACAUGUUCUGCUGCGUUGUGUUAUGUUGUGUUGUGCUGUGUUGUGUUGUGUUGCAUUGCAUUUCCUGGCGUUUUGGUGAGUGAGCGGGCUGGUGCAUAGGCUGGAAGUAUUUGUUUUUCACCGCAUGGCACUUGGGUCUGGAUAUUUGAUUUUGAUAUUUGUUGUUUGGAAAUUUGAGGAAUUGGAUUUUGGAAUUUGGUAUUUCGGAUUUGAUUUUCGGGUAUUUGGAAUUUGGAAUUUGUAUGUAUGUAGAUAAUGUUCGGUGGUGUGUCAUCUGGUGAGAUGAAUUUGAGGUUGAUUUUGAGUUUGAGCAGACAAGUAAGCAAGCGAAUAUACCACUCUGCGCCUUGAGGUUUUGAUACCUUCACUUCAUCUCUACACUACCUGAUUGCGAGUAGUAUUACUGUCACUUGCUAGAAUGAAAGCAGCUGCUUCAACGGAAGCUUCAGUAGACUGUAUUUUCUCAAUUACGAGUACCAGCAUGUGACUCGAGCUGGGUGGUAUGAUACGACUUGAUAUCGUAAAAAUCUCACGAUCGAACAAUGUCAACAGGGACAAUUCUCUUCAAUCCCAUCGAAGGCAGUCAAUCCCUCUGUAUAUACCUGCUAGCACUUUACCUCAAUUCUAUCCCCUGCUCCUUGGACUCGCUCCUCAGACUCACUAUCAUCGUCAACAUCAACGUCGGCACUGGCGGACAAAGAAACUUUGGGGGGCCAAAAGGAGUGUCUCACAAGAUAUUAUUUAUUACGACGGAGCAGAGCAGAGCAGGUUAGGGAAAAGCAGAGUAUAGCGGAGUAGAGAAAAGUAGAACUGGGCUUAGCGGAGUAGACCGGAGUAAAGCAGAGAAGAUCAGAGCGGGAGAAGAUUAGAGCAGGGCAAGGAAAAGCAGAUUAUAGCAGAGUAGACCGGAGUAGAACUGGGCUAAGCGGAGUAGACCGGAGUAAAGCAGAGAGUGGACUAGAUGUCUGAUGUCGAGGCGGAAGAAUGGCAAUGGAUUAC